CUGAUACUGAUGCACAUGCAUCAAUACUGGGGAAGCAAGUUAUCUAUUAAUAAGAUAAUUUAUUGGUCCCCCAUAGAAGAAAUUUGUCUAGGAAGUAGGGGCAAGGCUGCAGUACAACAAAAAAAUAUAAACAAUAGUUCAAAAUGACAACAACUAUAGAUACAUAAAAGUAACAUCAAUACAAAAAAUGCAACAAAAAUCUAAAUUAAUCUAAAGUUGAUUCAUCUUAUCGAUCGACUAGCCAUUUUCUUAAAAAUCUCCUGUAUCAAAAUGGCCGACCAUCUUUCUCAAUAUAAAAGCACACAUUUUUCAGAACAUGCUUAAUACAUGUAAAAACAUUACAUUUCAUUAUUUUGUAUCAGCUGUAUUUAAUACUGACUAAAUAAAAAGAAAGUUAUGCUUUUCUCACAUGAUUAAACUUAAACAUAUUUAUAAAAUAUAGCUAAACAGGAACAUCACAGGUUGCUGCAUACCAAAAAUAAAAGAUGAAAAUAAUAAAAUAUGUGAAACGCUUAACUACUCAUGAGCAGAGCGAGUUCAUACAGUAAUACUGUCGAUGGUUGAUCUUAAAGGAAUAUUAAAACUUCGCUAAAUGAAGACCGUGAUUAUUGGCAUCGUUUUCCUCAUAUUAAAAUGCUUAGUGCUCCGCUUAUCUCAUUACAUUAUCGCCUUCGUAACACAUGAAUAAUUGUUGCGUCAUGACGUUUGGCUGGAUGAUCGAUGUUAAAGUGAAAUUUAAGGAGAUUGUAGACUACGGUAGAUGUAAAAACAGAACCACAUAAAGUGAAUUUUGCGCCCCACGCCGGACUCUGUUUCGGCCGUUACUCUUUGCUGUUUCGUCUUAACCGCCAUUUUUUAUUCCCGUAUUGGCUAACCUGUGGCGCCCUCUUCUGGAUGGCGACCAAACUGCGACACUGGUAGUUACUCAAUUGAAACGCAUUUUAAUUUAAUAAGCCAUUAAUUGUAGAUUAACUGUUUCUAAUCAGUAUGGUUUCACAAUGAAGAGUGUUUGAAACUUCUGUCUAAAAUCACUUCUUUAGUCUCUUCUUCUUUAUAUACGGCACUGUAAUGUUCUGUUGCGAUGUUCAAUACUCUUUACCUCCAUGUGCUGUCUCUCAUUGAUUUCCUGUUUUUUUGCCUCGUACAGAUCUGGAUAAGAUGGACAGUGAGAAGGAGGAGUUAAACCAGGCUGACAUUGCGGCUCUGCACCAUUUCUACUCCAAACACAUCAGUGACCUCCCUGACGACCAGGCUCUCACUGAGCUCUUUGCACAGGUAAACUGUAAUGGUUUCACCAUAGAGGACGAAGAGCUCUCCCAUCUAGGAUCAGCUGUUUUUCCUGAUGUAGCGCUGAUGAACCACAGCUGUAGUCCAAAUGUUAUUGUGACCUAUAAAGGCACAGUGGCGGAGGUCAGAGCCGUUCAAGAGAUAAACCCAGGGGAAGAGAUCUUUGACAGUUACAUAGACCUGCUAUAUCCAACAGAGGACCGGAGAGAGAGGCUAUUAGAGUCCUACUUCUUCAUGUGUCAGUGCACCGAGUGCACCACCAGGUCUAAGGAUAAAGCAAAAACGGAAGUCAGGAAGCUGAGCACUCCACCAGAACCAAAGGAAAUCCAGUCUAUGGUCCAUUAUGCCAAAAAUGUCAUUGAAGAGUUCAGAAGAGCCAAGCACUACAAAAAUCCCAGCGAGCUGCUGGAGAUGUGUGAGCUCAGCCUGGAGAAGAUGGGAGCUAUUUUUGCAGACACCAACGUCUACAUGCUGCACAUGAUGUAUCAGGCCAUGGGCGUGUGUCUCUACAUGCAGGACUGGGACGGCGCCAUGAGCUACGGGGAGAAAAUCGUUCAGCCGUACAGUGUUCACUACCCGACCUACUCUCUGAAUGUGGCGUCCAUGUACCUGAAACUGGGCCGUCUCUACUUGGGGCUUGAAAAGAAAUCCCAAGGUGUCAAAGCUUUGAAAAAGGCGUUGGCCAUCAUGGAGGUGGCUCAUGGGAAAGACCACCAUUAUGUAGCAGAGGUCAAACGGGAAAUCCUGGAUCAGAAAUAAACGAGGAGAACGAAAAUCAAACUUGGGACCUCCUUACAAAGCAACAAAACACACUUCUUCAAAGCAUGGAAUGCAUCUUUUACCUCUGUUUUUACACCUUUUUUAUUUUCCUGCCUCACUUUAUGCACAUGCCUUCUGACUGGAUUAUAUUUCUUAUCUGUCCCUGACUUCUUCAAAUACUGGACUUUAACUAGAUUUGCUUUUUUGAAUUAAUUUAAAAACACCUGUAGUAUUUUGUUUUUCAUCCUCAAACUAAACUCAUAGUCCUGCCUUUUAAAGCUGCCUUCUGAAGAAAGUCAAGGUUUCGUCUGGUAGCUUCCACCUUCGUCCUGCUUUUCCACCCAGUGUCUUGUGGGUUCGUCUCCACACUGUUUGUGUUUUUGCAGCAUUGCGAGCUGCAUGUGUCCUUCCAGAUUAGUUACUGAGUCACAGCCUGCCUGUUUACCACCAGAGCACAGUUUAUGGUCGCACAUGCUCUCAGUGAAACUGUGAUUUAACACUAAGACUGACCAUGCAUCAAACACUCUGUAGCAACAGAGAGGUCUCUCAGCGCGUUUUGGUUUGUUGAAAGGAGGUGUUGCAUGCUCGACUUAUUAUGCAUUUGUUUAUAUUUCUCUUUGUCUUUUGUCAAAUGAAGUGAUCAGUUCAUGUCUUGGCUGUUCUCUUUUCAAAAAAGAAGAGAAUAAGAAAAAUAUCACAUCAAAGCUGAAAACAACACUGUAUAUUUUUUUUGUCAUUCUGUGUUUUAGCCGAUUAGUCGGACAAUCUGCUCGAGUAGCAAGCCUGCAGUCGGCUGCAUUACAGACGUCCAGUUUGCAGCGAAGUAGCAUAAGGGUGAUGUUGAUGCUGCUUUAGUUUUUACAUAAUCAGUGUUUGUGCUUUUCACAACUGGAAAUAUUUCCAAAUAGAUUUUUUUCUUUAUUACAAAUAAAUGAGCAGAGUGUAGGUUUUAUUCAGCCAGCUGACCGGCAGUUGACUGAUUGUGUGACCUUGGCAGAUCAGGAUACCAGUAACCGACCCAAAGCGAAACACUCGGGGCCUGGGAAUGAACGGCGGACUGAGAUUUGACCAAAUGUUCUGAGAGGUUCUGCCAAGGAUCCGGCCAAAACCGGAGCCUCUAGUUCUGUCAUAAAAGCAGAAACUCUGUAUUUUGCCUUUUAUUAUGUUUUGUUUUUUGCAGUUUUCUAGAAAAGCAUAUUCUCAUCAGUCUGGGUUUGACGUUAACAUGCACUAACAAGGUUACAUAUCUACAUUCUAUAAGAAAUAUUUCUUUAUGUAAUUUUGAAAAAUGUUCCUGCUUCACAUUUCUCAGUGCUUACUGUCAUGUUUGAAUUAUAAACUUGAUGCUUUUUGCUUAAUUUGCACCACAGCGCAUCAGAAAAAUCCAAACAGUUCAACCUGUGAAAAACUGUUACAGCAGAAAUUAUUAAAUACUAGCAAGACAAGUCUAUUUUAUAACUUUCAGGCAGAUACAAACCCUCACUCUAAAGUGUGAGGCAGGUGCCGAUUGUAAAAUUAUAGCUUUUUUGUAGACUUACUGCAAAAAAAUAUAAAAAUGUACCUGGUAUUUUUUGGCCUAGUAUGUAGUGAAAAUAUCUCAGUACUCUUGAAAUGGGACAAAACUAACUUAUAAGUAGCUUUUCAGCAAGAUAUAGUAGUUUGUUUUGAGUAAAUAAUUCAUUAAUAUAGUUUUUUUAAACUACAGGUUUCCCUGGCAUAUUAUUUCACUUAGAAAAUGAGGAAAUGUCUUCUUAGUGAAAUAAGCUGCUAGUGAAACCAGUAUGUUUUAGUCAAUAUUUAGGAAUCACUGAUUUAAAACAAACUACUGCUUCUUGCUGAAAAGUUACUUGUAUGUUAGUUUUUUCUUAUUUUAAGUGUUAACUUAGAUAUUAACACUUGAAUCUAGACCAAAAAUACUUGGUAGCAUUUUUUGAUUUUGCAGUAUAAAUCUCCUAAAACCAUUGAGAAAUACUUUCUUUAUGUUUUUUUUGUUUUUUUUUUGUUGAUGUUUUAGCUCUUAAUUUGACAGGCAAUGAAAGCUUUGAAGCAAAGAUCACCUGGGCCUUAUCUAAGGGUUUUCCUUGCACUCUUGUUUUGUAUUCUCAAUGUGACUAAAUGAUGUCAAAAGACAAACUUAAACAUGGUUUGUACAUGAAGUGGACAGUUUCGGUGUCAGUGGAUUGUCAUCAGAAACCAGUAGCUUCUCCUCUUUUGUUUACUGUUCAGUGAAUUCAGAUCACCACAUCAAUGUGGCCUACAGACUGACAUAAAUAACCUUGCGAGGAGUUUUCUGUGGUUGUAUUUGUAGCAUCUCCUGCUUAUGUGACUGUCAACUCUAUUAAAAAAAACGAUGCAUCUGCAUGGUGCCUGCAUUAUAGCUGUAAUGUGAAAAGCACCAAUUCAGCAGCUCAGUACAGCCCACAUAAUCAUUUUUUUUGUAGAUUUCUGCAAGAGAAGAAGAUACAGAGGCUUUGCACAAGCCAAACACUGUCUGGACUGUCUGUCCAAAUUUAAAGCGCAGCAUUUAGUAAGACUUUUUUUUUCCCCCCUCGGAUGUUCAAACGAAUCUGUUGUUUUGUAAUUCUUUGUAAUCCUUUCUGCAUGUUUCUGGAAUAAAUUACCAAGCAUGAAUGUUAUUCUGUUGGAAUGCAAAAAAAAAAAUCUAAGUCUAUAAUUUUUCAUUAUGUUUUAAAUGAAAACUAAUAAAUGAUGAUUAAACUAUU